CACAACUGAAGUGCUGCUGGGUUUAGUUGUUUUGGUUCGUCACAAUCGAAGAAGAAGAAGAAGAAGAGAAAUCGAAGCAGUGGGUUUCUUCUCCAUCACAGCCGAAGUUGAGGGUUAAAUAUGGUUCGUCAAAAAGGGAAUUGCAGAUGGCUUCAUCUGAUAAUAAUACACAGAGAAGACGACGGAAGGUUUUAAUCAGGAAAGAGGAUAUUGCUUCUGUUUUGACAAGGUACAGUGAACCAACAAAACUAUCUCUACUUGAGGAAGUUGCUCAGUAUCCUGAUGUGAAAAUAGAUUGGAAUGUGUUGGUCAAGAAGACGACAACUGGCAUUACUAAUGGUGCAGAGUAUCAGAAGCUAUGGAGACAUUUGGCAUAUUGCGAUAAACUGCCUGAAACAGUAGAAGAAAAACCCAAAGAGCAGCACUUGGAGUAUGAGUUGGAAGCUUUUCCUCCUGCAACUGAUGAAGCAUCAUUAGAGGCUGCAGCUUGUGUUAAGGUGCUGCUUGCUUCUGGUUUGCAAGAUGACGCAGGAGGAGGUUCUGCAACUGUUGAAGCUCCAUUGACUAUAAACAUACCUACUUGGCAGGAUUAUAAAAGUCCAUUGGAUAAUCCUCUGCUGUGCAGCUUAAAGGGAAUAAAUAUUACUGUUCCAGUUUCUGUACAAAAACAAUUGUGGACCGCAGUGAGAACAGCUGAAGAAGGAUUGGAUGCAACUGUGUCAAAUGCUGGUGGCCAGGCUGGAAUAGGAAAAAAGAAGCACUGGACGGCAGAGGAGGAUAAUGAACUCAUUGCUGCUGUGAAGAAAUUUGGUAAAAGGAAUUGGGCCGACAUUGUUAAGGCAGAUAUUUUCAAGGGUGAUAGGACUGCUUCACAAUUGUCUCAGAGAUGGGGAAUCAUAAGGAAGAGACUAAAAUUGGAGGCAGGUGGAGGGGAACUCAUAGCACGACAGCGUGCUACCAACCGAGCAGUUUCUUCUGCUCUUAAUAUGCCCAUAAUUAAUAGCUUAUUGGCAGCAUAUGCAGCUUCUGUGGUCCCAAAUCCGAUGGUACAAGAAGCUGCUGUUGCUGCUGGAGCCCGUAUAGCCACUCAUUUGACUGCCAAAUCGCUGCGUAAAGCUGCACGAUCCAAGAAAUCACCAAUGCCAGGUGUACAUUAUAUUUGCACAGGCUUGUCAUCAGCAUCCCCAGCCACAUACUCUACUUCGGUACCAAGUGUCUCUCCGCCACCACCAACACCUGCAGAGAAAAGUCAGGUUCCUUCUGCAAGUGUAGAAGCUCCAUCGACUAUAAAUAGACCUACUUGCCAGGAUUCUAAAAGUCCAUUGGAUAAUAAUCCCCAGCCAUGCAGCUUAAAUGGAAUGGAUACUAUUGUUCCAGUUUCUGUACAAAAACAAUCGUCGCCGCCUGCAGUGACAAUCGCUAAAGGGUUGGAUGGAACUGUGUCAAAUGCUGUUGUCGGCAGGCCUGCAAAAAGAAAAAGAAAUAAGAGUCCCUGGACAACAGAGGAGGAUAAUGAGCUAUUUGCUGCUGUGAAGAAAUUUGGUGAAAGGAAUUGGGUUAACAUUCUUAAGGCAGAUAUUUUGAAGGGUGAUAGGAGUGCUGCACAAUUAUCUCAUAGAUGGGGCAUCAUAAGGAACAGACAAAACGAACUCCCAGAUCAAUGGCUUGCUACCAACCGAGCAGUUACACGUGCUCUGAAUACGCCCAUGAAUAAUAGCUUAUCCGCAGCAUGUACAGUCGGUCCAGCAAAUUUGGUGGCUUCUGCUGCUACAGUUAGCAGUCCGCAAAUCCCUCUCCAGACAACGAAAGGAACAUCUGGUGUCAUGGCAAAACGUCGAUCAAUUACUAAAAAAACAGCUCCUGUGGUCCCAAAUCCAAUGAUACAAACAGCUGCUAUUUCUGCUGGAUCCCGUAUCGCCACUCCUCCGACUGCCAUACCGCUGCUUAAAAGCUGCACAAUCCAAACUGCUGUUCAUAAUAAGCACCAGUUGUGUGACACCACUGUUAACCCCUAACCACUCAGGCGCUCGGCCUAAUGUGCAUUAUAUUUGCACAAGCUUGUCCUCAGCAUCCCCAACCACAUACUCUACUGCGGUACCAAGUGUCUCUCUGCCACCACCAACACCUGCUGUGAAAUGUAAGGUUCCCUCUGUUAGUAUUCUCGCCUCUGCAUCUACUUCAUGUGGGACGGUUGCUGCAGGCAAGAAGACAAAUUAAUGUUAGUUAGACACUUAGACUAUUGCUAAUACGACCAUUAGUUCAAUUAAUAGAUGUUUUCUGAAACUGGAGGAAGAAGAAGGCAGCAGAGGUAGGGAAAGCACUGACUAUGUGUACCUCUCUAAUUUAGGUUUAAGGUAGAAACUUGAAUGAUCAUGAUCGAUUUUGGAGGUUAUUGUGUUUCUGCAAUUCACUAAGUUCUUAUACCUCUCUAAUUUAGGUUUUCGAAUGACAGUUUUAAGAAAUAUAUUAUUUCUAAUGCUUCUUGUUUUUCA